AUGUUAAUCGUACUGACAUUCAGUAACACCGUACAGCGCACCAGCACGCAAACGCAGUCACACCCUGUGUCAGGGUCAUGCCACGACCGGAUACAGAAUUGCAUGCUCCAAAAACCGGGCGAUAUUAACCCGUUAAUAGAAAAUGUAGUAAAAGCCGGCAUAUUUGUCAUAUACUUCUUGGACUACUGUAUCGGAUCUCUUUGGUGGUUAGAACUGCUGUACCUAUUGCUCCAGAUAUCGGUGCUCAUCAUCCGAGGCCGUCCCGUGGGCACUGAAAAUUUAGUCUCGAUGCUGGCCAGGGAUGAGAGCACCCGUAGUUGGCUAUUGCCGAUACUGACCUUCCAAUGGAACCUGAUUAUGCCGAUCGCCACAAUGAUCACACCACUGUUUCUGGUAUUCUUCGUGGGAUCCGUUCAACUCGUCAUUUAUUUAUAUCCCAAACAAUCUUCAGGACUCUUCCACGAGAGGAUUCAAGCCUUAUUUUGUCCGACACUCACGUCGUUUAUAUCGGAUACCGGCGCUGAGGGCUCACUAAACACUGGCUACGUGGCCGACGACCCGCCCCCUAAGUACGAGCCCCGCCCUCUUACUCGACGGCCACCGCCCGGCAGUUGGUCCACCAGAUUAGGGGUCGACUCACUCCCAGAGGUUCCAUACGUAUGA